GGAGCAGUGUAAAGCAGUCCCAGUGUGCUUACGGGUGACAAAAUGGCCAUGUCUGAACAGCUAGAGACGGAGGGAGGCUGUUCCUCCAAGUCGUUCAAGCUGUACUCCCCCAAGGAGCCUCCAAACGGUAGCACGUUUCCCCCUUUCCAUCCCGGCACCAUGCUGGACAGAGACGUGGGUCCAACCCCAAUGUAUCCUCCCACAUACCUGGAGCCAGGCAUUGGGAGGCACACGCCAUAUGGCAACCAGACAGACUACAGAAUAUUUGAGUUAAACAAACGGCUACAGAACUGGACAGAGGAGUGCGACAACCUCUGGUGGGAUGCAUUUACUACAGAGUUUUUUGAAGAUGACGCCAUGUUGACCAUUACUUUCUGUCUGGAGGAUGGGCCUAAGCGUUAUACAAUUGGUCGUACGUUGAUUCCAAGGUACUUUCGGAGUAUAUUUGAAGGUGGUGCCACUGAACUCUACUAUGUGCUGAAACAUCCAAAGGAGUCAUUCCACAACAACUUUGUCUCCCUUGACUGCGAUCAGUGCACAAUGGUCUCCCAGAAUGGAAAACCAAUGUUCACACAAGUUUGUGUAGAGGGACGAUUAUAUUUGGAGUUCAUGUUUGAUGACAUGAUGAGGAUAAAAACGUGGCACUUCAGCAUCAGACAACACCGUGAACUCAUCCCUCGCAGUAUACUGGCCAUGCACGCCCAUGACCCUCAGAUGUUGGACCAGCUGUCCAAAAAUAUUACAAGAUGUGGCUUGUCAAACUCUACUCUAAACUACCUCCGACUGUGUGUGAUUCUGGAGCCCAUGCAAGAACUGAUGUCCCGACACAAGACAUACAGCCUUAGCCCCAGAGACUGCCUCAAGACCUGCCUCUUCCAGAAAUGGCAGCGAAUGGUGGCACCACCAGCUGAGCCAUCAAGACAGGCCCCAAGUAAGCGGCGGAAGCGGAAGAUGUCAGGUGGCAGUACCAUCAGCGGAGGAGGAGGAACUAAUAACAACAAUAAUAACAAAAAGAAGAGUCCUGGCAGUGGCUUCCCUCUGUCCAGCCAGGUUCCAGAUGUGAUGGUGGUGGGAGAGCCCACGCUGAUGGGAGGGGAGUUUGGUGACGAAGACGAGCGUUUGAUCACGCGGCUGGAGAACACACAGUUUGACGCGGCCAACGGCAUCGACGACGAGGACAGCUUCAACAACUCCCCGGCUCUGGGAUCCAACUCGCCGUGGAACAACAAAGCGCCCUCCAGCCAGGAGAGCAAGAGCGACAACCCCACUUCGCAAGCAUCGCAAUAAAGUCGGGGCCCCACGUCUGCAACACAAAUCCCUCGCUCCUUUAUCCGACCCCGACCCUAAGCCAAACGUCAUGAGAGUAACCGCUUGCUCACCGGCCCCCAACAUGCAUUUAGAGCUCAGACUCUUCAAACACGCGUCGCCUGACAGAGCUCAGUUUGACCUCCUGCCAGCUCUACUGAUCUACAGGAAGUAUCACAGGGCUUCCCAAUUUACAGGCACUGUGGGCCCCCUCCCCCGUCUGGUCCUUUUCCCAUUUCUCAUACUCAAAAUGUCCUGACUCCUUAGUGGCGACUAAGAUGAAGAAAUAGGGAUUGAAGCCAGGACAGAAGGGUGCACCCUACGCUAAACGCUACAAACAAAGCGAUGUGGCUCGGCAAUGGUGGCAAGUUGCUUAGUGACGGCGUGUCCUCCCGGCCUCUACAGCGACUCUCUAUUAUUGGCUGCUCUGAUGCAUCAAGUCACUUAAAACCUUUGCUAAUAGUGUGUGUCGGUUGAUGUGUGUGAGUGAGCGAGAGAAGGGGAGAGAAGCAGUCUAAACUUGAUUGUGGCUUUGUCAAAUCAAGCAGAUCAGAAUUGAGAAUCUGUUCUGAAAAUGGUCAGAAUAUUUACACUCCUUAUGAGUCAACUCACACUAAACACACCCAAAGCACACACAUCUAUACACACACACACACAUACUUGAUGGAAGGAGUCUCAGUCCCUCUGAGUGGACUACAGUGUAAGCUGUUCUCCUAAGCCGAGAACAUAAACAUACACACUUACACCUUUUAAGAUUUUUUAUACAGUAUAUAUUUCCCUAGACUGCUUUUGUUUUAAUUUUUAAUAAACAUAUUCAUUUAAACUGUUUUCUUUUUUUUUUUUUUUUCUUUUUACCAAUACUGAAAAGCUACAGACCAAGGAGCAACACAGGACUUUUAUUCCUCCCCUAAAAUAUAUUGUUUUUAUCUUUUGUGUUUAUAAAAAGAAAAAUUAUUUAGUGUGGAUGUUUUAUUUUGUCUUUUCUGUUCCUUUUGACAUUUUGUGUAUUUGUGCUUGUAUAUUUAAGGUAGUAGCAAAGUUAUGUCUGACUGUAAUAAGAUGUAUUCUUACUUAGAUAAACCUAAAGCCAUCCUGAUCUAAUGUAAAGAAACAAAAAUAGGAAAAAUGAGGAAAAACACUCAUGAACUUGGACCCUCUAUCCUCCCCCAGCUUUAUCCCCUCCCUCUUUUUUUUAAAGGGUAGUGUAAAUUGAAGUUACCAAAACCCUGGGGGUACAAAGGCACCAUGGGAAGUCUUCUUCUGUCUUGUUUUUCUUCUGUAUUUAUUUAGACAGAAAGUCACUUUCAUGUUUUUUUUUUCUCUCCACAUUUGUCACAAUUUUCAACCUGAUGUCAAGUGAAUAUGCUGAAAUUGUUGCUUUUAACCAGUGAUCUUCACGUCGAUUACUGGCUUCAAAAGUAAUGUUUUUCGAUGACUUUUUGUUGCUAUUCAUUCAAAACUGUUCCAAGACCAGCCUAACAUUGUUUAUCCAUUGUACUUUGUAGCACAGCAGUCUGUCAAUUGGGUUAAGUCGCAAAAAAAAACAACACUUGUUUGGAGCCAAACAAUUCAGGUCAAAGUUCAUUGACACGUCCUGCUGUCCUCGAUUUAGCCCCUCUGGGAUCCAUCAUGAUUACAUGUGAUGUGGAACAUUCUGACUCUUUGUAAAUUUCUAUUUUGUCAAACACCUACAAUUCAGUUCAAAUGGUGACUUGUACCUUCCGCAAAACCCUGUAGAAUCAUUGUUUGAUAUCUAUUUUUUGAUUUGGUUAGAUUCUGCCCUUGCUAAUUAAUGUAUGGUACCAAUAAAAAAAAGAUACAUUUUCACUUUAAGAAA